AUGUCUCGUAUAAGGUCCAAUAAUGGUUCAAUAAUCUCAUCAUAUUCAAAUAUAACUCAUCUAGAUGACAGUGCGUCUCGAUCAUCUAGUAUAUCAGAAGUCGGGCCCUCAUGGAGACAGCUUAGCGCUAGGAUAACUGAUAGCGCUCUUUAUCCUUAUAUUCUGCGCUUAGCUAUACUCACCUACAGGGUUCAGCCAAGAUUUCUAACGGGAGCAGACUUGAAUCCUUUAUCCAGAUCACGGUCACCAGAUAGUAAUUUAUCUGUACCCGGUCAACUUCAUAAGACUCAUAGCCGCUCUACUAGUGAUGGUGGAAGCAGACUCAAUAAUGGUUCCUACGACUUGGGUCAAAGCAGCUUGAGUUCAGCAAGGUCUCCAUCAUUUAGUCAAAAGUUACCAAAGGGUGUACCUAAGCUUUUGGUGUCGAAGUUUAAAGAUAUGGCUCAACCUGGUACUCUAACGGACAAUCCACUGCUGAAAAGAUGCUAUCUAGUGUUUUAUCUAGACUUAUCCGACCCUACGACCCUGCGGCAGAUUAAGGAAACUCGUCAAGCAGAAGAUCUGGUUAUGCGGUUCAUCAGCUGUAGCGCAAAGGAACUGAGCAAAGCAGGAGUCCCGCAUUCUCAGCUUAAUAGUUUGAUUGACAAACAUUGUGCAGCAUUCGUUAAUCUCCUAAUUCAAACAAUAAAGGAUUCUUCGAGUCACAGCAGUUCUUCUCACCAAGCUCUAAUAAAACAACUUGAAUCAUAUGAAUCAAGUUUGAAUAGCUCAAGAGGCGAAGUACUUCAGCCUCGAAUCACAGCGAGUGCUAACUCGACCAACAUGCUUGGUGGCAAUGAGCAGCGUAAUACUGUAGCUGCAAGCUUUGAAUUAGAUGAUAUGGCCCUAGCUAAGGACAUAUCAUCUUUAUUACUCAUAAGCAAAUCAGAAAUCCAGAGAGACAUCGAUCGAAUGAAAAGUGAAGCAACUGAAGGAUUGGCAAUAGAUGAACUAAAAUCCAUCCAGCUUGCGCUGCGAGGAUACGAUCGCCACCCGGUGUACCAGGCCAUUGAUUUUACUUCAGACUCUGAAUAUCAAAGGUGGAAAGAGUCUGAGGUUGAGGCAAUACACAAACAAAUAGCUAUCUUUGAAAAUGCUGCCCGCUUUGACGCUUCUACGCCUCGAAAGGACGCUUCAAUCCCUGAUCCCACUAAAGGCUUGUACUUUAUACCUUCUGAUACAAAAUCAUUUUAUAGGCAUCUUUUGAAACGGUGUCUGGAGCGAGAUUUUACAGCGUCGGGAAAUGAGAGGCUCGCAAACCCAGAAAGUAUCACAAUUUUAAUGUCGAAAUCCUCAAUCGACAUUCUGACAAAAGCAGCUAAUUUGUGGAGGAUUCCAAGUGUUACAAGAGCAGUAAUUUUACUUGAUGUUUCGGAAGAAAUGUUGAAGGAGGGUCUUUUUACACUAGCAAAUUUAGAUGAAGCGUUCAAUCUAGCCAAACACGUGGUGGAGUCUGAUAAGAAAGGAACUCUAGCUUGGUCCCCUCAUACCUGGCCAUAUUGUGACAAAGUGCACUUUGUCACUGUUUUAUCGGAGUUCCAGAAGUCGAUUAUGCAUAGAAUUGAAGAGGCAUUGCGGCAAAUCUAUGAUGAUUCUCCGCCAAAGAUCAGGCCAUAUCUGGAAGCUUUGGAUAAGUACAUUUUAGCUUACACGGCUUUGGGGCAGGAACAACAGAAGCAUGGUGACCCAGCCUCCACAUUUACUGGUCUUGAACCAUCGGCAAAACAAAUUAAAAGGUUGAAGAAGACUAUUAUUGCAGCAGCCGAAGAGAAAUAUGGAUCUCUGAUCGAUAUAAUUCCAAGAGAUCAUACUUUAGACCCUCUGCAUAUCGUUGAUUUGGCCGAUAAAGUAAUAGGAACAGCUAAACGGCUGCAGAAGAGAUAUAAAUCACCUUUAUUUGGAAAGAUUUCAGUUCCAGUGAUAUCAGCUGAGCAGCACCUAACGAUGUUUUCACUUGAUUCGCAAUCAAUGUUCGCGCAUAUGAUGACCAUCUUCAAUGCUCGUCAAGAAGAACCCUCUUUCGAAGAUAUGAUACUGUUAUAUAAAAAAAUGACUGAAAUCAGAGAUUUAUUCGUUCAAGUUUCAGAGCUACAAUUUGGUUUUGACAUUGAGGGAAGUUUUUACCCAUUUGUUGUAAAAUGGGCUGAGUCAUCUGCACAGCUAGCUCAAACAUGGGUGGAGCCUGCUAUUCAAAGUGACAAGUUUCUUCCAGUUGAUGAGGAAACAGGUAUUCUUAAUAGUAUAUCGGUUGUCGAUAUAUUUCAAUCAUUUAGAAGUGCGCUUGAUAUGGUUAACGGUUUGCGUUGGAGAGACGAGGUGCAGAUUGCUAAAAUUCUAACUAUACUGAUGAAAGGAGUUUCUACUGCUACCUGUCAAUACGCAGACAGGCUGCUUUUUUUGUUUCUCGAAGAUUUGAAAACCAAUGAGCUCUCCCCACCCCAGAUUCGUUCUCGUCAAGAUAAGUGGAUAAAUAUGGCUAAGACUGCUGUAAAUGGCAAAGAAAAAGUCAUUCCUUACAACUUUUUGAAAGAAACUUGUGUUCGUCUAAACAAUAUCGAGCUAGCACAAAUUGAACUGGAUAAAAUUGAGUCCGAGGUCAACUCGGAGCAGGUAUACCAAAUACUCAGCCUAUCAGAACGAACACAAAAGAAGCCUAAUUCUUUUCUUUUUAAUGUCAAGAUCAUACAAGCAGAAGGCUUAAAGGCCUGCGAUAUGAAUGGCCUAAGUGAUCCGUAUGUGACUUUGGUGGACCAGACAAGUCGGAAACAGAUAGGGAAGACUAGGACAAUCUAUGAAGACCUUAACCCUGUUUGGAAUGAAGUCUUUGAGGUAGCUACCAGUGGAUCCAAGCUGCUUGUUGCCACUGUAUGGGAUGAAAAUUCACUACAAAAUCAUGACAUAUGUGGUAGAGCAUUCAUUCGAUUAGAUCCUAGUGCUUUUCAGGACUUUGUGACACAAGUAAGUGGAGUAGAAGGGACUAUUUGUAGCGUGAUUAAUUACUAA